GAAGAAACUGUGAAAGUGAAGAAGAAACAGAUAAACAAUGGCUUUCAAGUGCCCACCUUUUGACUUCUCAGCUGAGUAUUACCAUCUUUCUGGGAACACUUGUGUGAGGCAGAGCAGCUUCUUUGGAGGCAAAGCAGUUCUCAAUCAGAGUGUUGGUUACUCUGUCAUUCUUGGGUUUGGAGCAUUCUUUGCUGUCUUUACUUCGUUUCUGGUGUGGCUGGAAAAGAGAUAUGUGGGAGCAAGUCACACUUCAGAAUGGUUCAACACUGCAGGAAGGAAUGUCAAAACAGGUCUUAUUGCCAGUGUGAUUGUAUCUCAGUGGACAUGGGCAGCAACUAUCUUACAGAGUUCGAACGUGGCGUGGCAAUAUGGAAUCAGUGGUCCUUUCUGGUAUGCAAGUGGUGCUACCAUCCAGGUACUCCUGUUUGGUGUAAUGGCAAUAGAGAUAAAAAGGAAAGCUCCAAAUGCCCACACAGUAUGUGAAAUUGUGAAAGCAAGAUGGGGAACUGCUGCUCAUAUAGUGUUCCUAUGCUUCUGUUUCUUGACAAACAUUAUUGUAACUGCCAUGCUUCUCCUUGGUGGCUCUGCUGUGGUCAAUGCACUCACUGGAGUCAACAUUUAUGCUGCAAGCUUUCUUAUACCUCUCGGCGUUGUUGUCUAUACUUUAGCAGGAGGGCUGAAGGCUACUUUCUUGGCCAGCUAUAUUCAUUCUGUCAUAGUUCAUGUAGUUCUAGUCAUCUUUGUUUACCUCGUCUACGUCGCAAGCAGCAAGCUUGGUAGUCCGAGCCUUGUGUAUGAACGUCUCUUAGAGGUUGCAAGCAAAUCAAGAAGCUGCCAAUACCCACUCUCUAAUGUUGGUCAAUCUUGUGGUCCUAUUCUUGGGAACUUCAAGGGUUCAUAUGUGACCAUGCUUAGCUCCAGUGGUAUUGUGUUUGGCAUUAUCAACAUUGUCGGCAAUUUUGGUACAGUUUUUGUUGACAACGGAUACUGGGUAAGUGCCAUUGCAGCAAGACCAUCAUCAACUCACAAGGGCUACUUAUUGGGUGGAUUAGUCUGGUUUGCAGUACCCUUCUCUUUAGCAACAUCACUUGGUUUAGGGGCACUGGCCCUUGAUCUCCCCAUAACAGAAAGCGAAGCAAGCCGUGGCCUUGUGCCACCUGCUACAGCUAUUGCAUUAAUGGGAAAAGGAGGAUCAAUUGUUCUCCUUAUUAUGCUUUUUAUGGCUGUAACAUCUGCUGGUUCUUCUGAGCUAAUUGCAGUAUCGUCGUUAUGUACAUAUGACAUCUACCACAUGUACAUAAACCCGAAUGCAACUGGAAAACAAAUCCUUAGAGUUUCAAGGGCGGCUGUUCUUGGGUUUGGAGGCUUAAUGGGUAUUUUAGCAGUGAUAUUGAACAAGGCUGGGGUUUCUCUGGGCUGGAUGUACUUGGCAAUGGGAGUAUUCAUAGGAUCGGCAGUUAUUCCCAUAGCUUUCAUGCUUUUAUGGAAAAGAGCCAACGCUUUCGGGGCAAUUCUUGGACCGGUCAUAGGAUGUUUCCUGGGAAUCAUUACUUGGUUGGGAGUCACAAAAGCAGAGUAUGGAAGGGUGGACCUUGACACAACUGGGAGAAAUGGUCCAAUGCUGGCAGGGAACCUUGUUUCUAUAUUAACAGGUGGAGCUGUUCAUGCUGUUUGCAGUUUUCUGAGGCCUCAAAAUUAUGACUGGGAGACCACUAAGAAGAUAAGUGUUGUUGAAAAGGAAAAGAGUGAAUUGCCAUAUGUGGAGUUGAAGGAGGAGAAGCUGGCCAGUGCUAGAAGAUGGAUAAUCAAAUGGGGUGUUUGUUUCACCUUUGUGAUUCUUGUGCUGUGGCCUCUCCUUACACUUCCUGCCGGGCAAUUCAACAAAGGGUAUUUCACAUUCUGGGCAGUGAUAGCCAUUGCAUGGGGUACGAUUGCCUCAGCGGUAAUUAUUGCUAUGCCAUUGAUAGAGAGCUGGAAAACUAUCCAAUGUGUUGCUCGAGGCAUGUUCACAAAUGAUAGGCUUAUGGAAAAUUUUGAAGAGUUGAACUCAAAACUUCAGGCAAUCAUUUUAGCAAUUCCGGAAGCAGAGAGAAUAUACUUACUUGAGAAAGAGAAGGACAAGAAGGAAGAAGAUGCAUUAGAUAGGGAUCAAAUAGCUGUUCCGUAACCACUCUACUUGUCUUGGAACUAUGAACAAUUUCUUCUCAACCCGGAAGGAGUCCUCCCGGUUGUUACGGCAGCUAUGCGAGGCACCAGCUCACAGCCUUGUCACCUAGACGUUUAGGGACCGUCUAGGAGACAAAUAUGCAGCAAACAAGUUGCUUCAUAUGUAUCAAUGUAUAGUAAUAUACAAAAUAAUAUAUUACAGAUUAAAUUAAAAAUAAAAAUUUGAAACAUAAUAAAAGGAUAAACUAGAUGAGAAAAUAAUGCAAGUGUACUAUAA